AUGUCCAAGGACGAGGCUGAUGUCGGCGUCACGCCGCCUAAUUACCCCUACGACUCCGAGAAGGGCGCCACUACCAAGGCCGCCACCGGUACCGGCCAUGUUCCUGAGAACUUCCGCGAGGACGACUUCCUGACCCGAAAUGGUCUCAACUUGAAGAGUUUCCAGCGCCGCGAUUAUGGUACCGGUGAAGUCGAGCUGGAUCGCUCCAUGAAGCCUCGUCACCUGCAGAUGAUUGCCAUCGGUGGUUCCAUCGGUGCUGGUUUCUUCGUCGGUUCCGGUAGCGCCCUGACCAAGGGUGGCCCUGGCUCCGUCCUCAUCUGCUUCUUGAUUGCUGGUGUCAUGAUCUUCAACGUCGUCUACGCUCUCGGUGAACUCGCUGUUAUGUACCCUGUCUCUGGUGGUUUCUACACGUACUCCAUCCGCUUCCUCGAUCCUUCCUGGGGUUUUGCCAUGGGCUGGAAUUACGUCUUUCAAUGGGUCAUCGUAUUACCACUCGAACUAACGGUCUGCUCAUUCACGAUACAAUAUUGGAAUAAAGAAAUCAGCACAGCAGUAUGGAUCACAAUCUUCUGGCUAUUCAUCAUAAUCAUCAACGUCUUCGGAACCUUGGGCUUUGCUGAGGAGGAGUUCGUCUCCUCUACCUUCAAGCUGAUCGCCACCGUUAUCUUCAUGAUUGUUGCCCUUGUUCUCAUCUGCGGCGGUGGCCCUGAGGGUGGAAAGUACGAUGAGUACUGGGGCGACCGCCUCUGGAGGGAUCCUGGUGCUUUCCAGAACGGCUUCCGUGGUUUCUGCUCCGUCUUCGUUACUGCUGCUUUCGCCUUCUCUGGCACUGAGCUCGUUGGUCUGGCUGCUGCUGAGUCCAGCAACCCUGCCAAGGCUCUCCCGGGUGCCAUCAAGCAGGUCUUCUGGCGUAUCACUAUCUUCUACAUUCUGGGUCUUACCUUCGUCGGCCUCCUCGUUAGCUCCACCGAUGAACGUCUUCUGAACUCCGCCAACCCCUAUGCCGAUGGUGUCUCCCCCUUUGUUUUGGCUCCUCUCGAUGCCGGACUUAAGGGAUACGACAGCUUCAUGAACGUCGUCAUUCUUGUUUCCGUCGUGUCUAUCGGUGUCUCUUGCGUCUACGGUGGUUCCCGUACCCUGACCGCCCUUGCCCAGCAGGGAUACGCUCCUAAGAUCUUCGCCUACAUUGACCGAUCCGGUCGUCCUCUUUACUCUGUUAUCCUCAACCUUGCCUUCGGUGGUCUUGCCUAUGUCCGCCUGGCUUCCUCCGGCGGUGUUGUCUUCGACUGGCUUCUGUCUCUUUCCGGUCUGGCUGCCCUCUUCACCUGGGGAUCCAUCUGCGCCGCUCACAUCCGCUUCCGCGCUGCCUGGAAGGCACAGGGCCACACUCUCGACGAGCUUCCCUUCCGUGCCAUCGGCGGAACUGCUGGUUCUUGGCUGGGUCUCUUCCUGAUCUUCAUCUCUCUUCUCGCCCAGUUCUUCGUCGCCAUCGCGCCCCCCGGCAGCGCCGACCUGGCCACCGCUGAGGACUUCUUCAAGGCCUAUCUUGCCCUGCCCGUUGUCCUCUUCUUCUGGGCCUGCGGUUACCUCUGGAAGCGCCAGGGCUUCCUCAAGCUUUCCCAGAUCGACCUCGACACUGGCCGCCGCGAGCACGACUGGGAUGAGAUUCACGCCUACCGCGCCAAGGUUGCCACCUGGCCCAAGUGGAGACAGUGGCUUGACAAGGUCUUCUAA